UACACAAUGUUGAGGUAUCCACGGCAGGUGUGUUUUAAAAUGGAAUUUUUUGUUCGACUUCUAUUUAUGAUAAUGCCAUGGCUUUAUUCUCAGUGUGGAUGUCUUACUCCGCUUCGCAACACAUCAACCACUCUUGAUAAUUUAUUGAAAAGCUACGACAUCCGUUUAAGGCCUAAUUUUGGAGGCGAAAGACUGGACAUUGGUAUCGAGUUAAUUGUUGUAAGCUUUGACGCCAUAUCUGAAGUCAAUAUGGAUUACACUAUAACAAUCCAUUUGAACCAGUAUUGGCUAGAUGACAGGCUUUCCUUUGACAGUUACGAUGUAUCAAGCAUGACACUCACUGGGGAAUUUGCUGAGAAAAUCUGGGUGCCAGAUACAUUUUUUGCAAAUGAUAAAAACUCGUUUCUGCACGAUAUAACUGAGAAAAAUAAGAUGAUUCGAUUACAUGAUAAUGGAUCAGUUGUUUAUGGAAUGAGGUUCACAUCAACUCUUGCAUGUAUGAUGGAUUUACAUAAUUACCCUCUAGAUAUACAGAACUGUACAGUGGAGAUAGAAAGUUAUGGCUAUGAUAUGCAUGAUUUAAACUUGAACUGGAAAGAUGGUAGAUCAUCAGUGUAUGGCAUAGAUAAUGUGGAACUACCUCAAUUCUCUCUGAUAGAAUAUAGGACGGUACGAAGAAUAGAAAGUUUAUCGUCAGGAGAUUACCCGCGGCUUUCUUUAAGCUUCAAGCUAUACAGAAAUGUCGGAUACUUCAUUUUUCAGACAUAUCUUCCCUCUAUAUUGAUUGUUAUGUUGUCUUGGGUGUCAUUCUGGAUUAAUCAUGAAGCCACAUCAGCACGAGUUGCUUUAGGUAUUACAACUGUUUUAACAAUGACGACUAUAAGUAAUGGUGUACGUUCGUCAUUACCCAGAAUAUCUUACGUAAAAGCCAUUGAUAUAUACCUGGUUGUGUCUUUUGUAUUUGUAUUUGCUGCGCUAUUAGAGUAUGCUGCAGUCAACUAUACAUAUUGGGGAAAACGUGCAAAGAAAAAGUUCAAGAAAAUAAAAGAUACACAACCAAUGCUACAGGAUGAUAAACCAAAUGUUGUUGAUUUCGCUGAAAUAGAUGAAAUAAGGAUGUCACCAAUUAUUGCAAUUCGUUCCCAAUCAUCAGGAAAUUGCACUGAAAAUGGAGAGAAAAUCUCACGAACAAUAGUAGCUUCUCCAGUUCUUCCGAGAAAUUGUAUGUCACGAAGUUACUACCGUGAAAAUCUGGUGAGACGAAAACAUUCAAGCGUUAAAAGAAGGAGACAACUUAACUCCAGCGUACGAGAAAAAAGUAUGAAAUGUAAACUUCCUCGUAUCCCUUUGCCAAGAAUCAACGAUGUGAACUGCAUUGACAGAUACUCCAGAAUGGUCUUUCCAUUGUUAUUUGUAUGUUUUAACUUAAUGUAUUGGGUUUUUUAUUUGUUCAUUAAGAAGGACACGUAAUAAAAGUUCAAACAAAUUUUUGUUGAAAUAAAUUAACGAUAAUGGGGUUAUGUGCCUUUGUCCACCAAUAUGAAGUUCAAGUGUUUGCAAUUUAACAUGUUUAUAUGAUUUACGAAAUCUGUCAAUUUCAGGGAAUGUAUUCAUUAUUUAUUGACCGUAAACAAAUAAUUCUACGUAAAAGUGUUCGUUUUGUUUUUUCAUUAUGAUUAUUAUAGUGGAAAAUUUUAAAUAAUUGUCUGAGAUAAUAGUUCGUCCUAAACAUGCAUGAAAUAUUUGCCACUGGACAUUAAGCAACCAACAAUCAAUCAAUCUCAAAUAAUAAUUCCCUACGGUAUAAUUGAUCUCAGUUAUGUAUUUGAUAAAACAGCGAUAUCGUUAGUUAUCAAAUGAUCAGUUACCUAUACAUUUGUAAUUCACAAUUGUCAUCAUAUCAAUUUAUUUACGUUUUUGUUUUUUUCCGCAUGAAUUUUUAUAAUUUUGGUUUACACACCAUACAUUUUCAACAUGUUAAUUUGACUCGUAUUUGAGAGAGAAAAAUAAAUGAUAGAAUAAUA